AUGGCUGUUCUUGACAUACCAGAGAUACCUGGUAAUCGUCUUCCUCCCUCUGUCGAAGCACAGCUAAGAUACCAAGUGAAAAGCAUUUUGAAUCUUUCUAACACCUCCUUUCCUGGAAGUCAACCCAUCAGUUUUGAAAGAAAACAUAUCGCUGAAAGAUUAUUACAACAUGAUUACUUUUUAUGCGAAAAAUCUGAUGGAUUACGAUGUUUGAUGCUAUUGCUAUAUGAGCCUUCGCUUCACGAAGAAGGUUGUUUUUUUAUAACAAGAACCAACGAAUACUAUCGGGUGUUAUUUCCACAACUUCAUUUUCCUUUAGAACCUAAUGAUCCAAACACAUUUCAUAAUGGUACAAUUAUUGACGGUGAGUUGGUUCUCGAUAACGAUAAAAAUUUAAAAUACUUGAUCUUUGAUUGUCUUGCAAUAAAUGGUGUAAAUCUUUGUUUGAAACCUUUUAAUAAAAGAUUGGGUAGAAUUCAAGAAAACAUCAUAAAGCCUUUCAAUAAAUUUAAGAUAAUUGAAUCGAAAUUAGUAUCAACUUACCCAUUUCAUAUUAGUCUCAAAAACUUUUUUUUGGGAGAUCAAAUUUCAAUAACAUUUGAUUUAAUGAAAAAAUUAAAUCACAAAUCCGAUGGUUUAAUCUUCACUUGUUGUAAUUCUCCUUAUAUUCAAAACACCGAUAAAACAUUAUUAAAAUGGAAACCUGCUGAAGAGAAUUCAAUUGAUUUCAAGAUUCAACUAGAUUUCAAUAAAUAUAUUGAUCCAGAUAUCACAGAUCCUAAUGAUCCAAAUCACGAAUAUAUUGAUUAUGAUUCAAAACCAAGUAUAAAUUUAUUGAUAUGUUAUGAAAAAUUUGGCACUCUAUCAAUAACUGAUGAAGAAUGGGAAAGUUUGAAAUCUCUUAAUGAGCCUCUUAAUGGCCGGAUAGUAGAAGCAAGAAAAAAUAAAAAUGAUACUUGGACAAUGUUAAGAUUUAGAGAUGAUAAAGUAAAUGGCAAUCAUGUCUCAGUUGUUACCAAGAUUUUAGGCUCGAUAAAUGAUGGUGUAAGUAAACAAGAAUUGAUUUCCAAUCAAGAAGAAAUACGGUUCAAACGAAAGGAAAGAGAAGCAAAAAGAAGGCUACAUCCUCAACAAGUUCAUCCACCCGGAGCUCAUCCUGUUGGCACUCAUCCUCCUCCUCGUUCAAUUCAAGUUCAAAAGAGACCUGCUUCGUUGAUUGAAAAAGCAGAAAAAGUGAUUCCUACUUAUGAAGAAGAUUCAGAUGAAUCUGAUAAUAAAAGACAGAAAACUAGUUAAUGAUCAACUGUUUCAUAUUUAAUAAACAAAUAAUAUAACAGGCUAGAAAAAAAUGGGGUAAAGUAAAUUGAAUCAUAAAAAAAAAAGACGAUC